AUGGCUAUUUGGGCCAUUGGUCUGGUGGGGCUAGAGCUGUGCUGGUCCGCUUAUGACGAUGACUUUCCAACUGUCACAAGCGAGCCGCUUCUUGAGAAUACGAGCUCCUGUGUUGACCGCAUGUUUACACUCAUUGGGCUUGACUAUGCUACCGAGGGCAAGAAAGCUCCACAGUUUGCAAGGUCUUUCGCGGCACUUGGAGUUCGGGUGGAUUUGCAACGAUCUCAGUGCGGCUCGAUUGUUGUCGGGCACACCGACGCUCGGAAGGAGGAGUUAACCGCGUGCAUCGACUCCAUUCUUGCGGACGGCAGCAUGACCGCAAAGGAGGCGGAGAAGCUCAGAGGACGACUCGUCUUCUUCGAAGGAUUCACUUUGGGGUAG